GAGACCGAUGAGUACUUUUGGUAACAUGAGUACUUUUUUCCAAACAACGUUUCAUUUCUAUCCCAGGAAACUUUAUUAUGCCCGUGUGCACAAUUAAUACUUUCUUUGUUUUGAGUUAAGCUAUAUAAAUGCAACUAUUUGGUGUUUCAGCUUCAAAUAAGACUAAGCGUGUUCCCACCAUACCUGCUCCUCGGCUGCUCUGCAGGAUUAUGCUUUUAUUUUGAAAUGCGGCAGAUGGACUGGUUGAACCUCCUUUAGGAAAAAACUGAGAUUACUCAGACAGGUGCAGCAGCUACCUGGAACACCUGUUAAGGUUUUCCGUGUUUCUUUUCAGGUUUUCUGCAGUCGCCUGUCGUGUGUUUACAGCCCGUUCAAGUAUUUUUUUUGCCUCAUAUGGUCGUUUCUACGUUACUCGUUACUGCUGUGUAACCGGUUCCUGCUCUUUCCCCCGGGGUCUGGUAAACUGUCAAUGAAAGAGGAAAAACAAACGAGCUCAUUCCAGACAUUUUCUCUGUGAUGACAUAUUGUCCCAGAGAUUUGAAACCCUUUCGCGUGACCGUCAGUGACGUUACGGGACUCGUGCUUCGGGAUCGCGAGCGUUUCAAAACCCCGCCUCGUUAAAUCCACCUGUUGCAGCACCUGGAGCGAGCAGCAGUGCCGGGCUGUAGGACGACAGCAUGGCAGGUGUUCACUCUGGCGAGAGGAUGGCGGGAGUUUUCUCCUAUGAGAGUUCAGAAAUCGACUGGUGCGAAGACAACUACAGACACUCUGAGCAUGUGGUCGAGUCCUUCAACACGAUGAGCAGCUUCAUUUUCUUCAUUAUCUCUCCCAUCAUGCUCUACCUUCUGCACCCGUAUGCCAAAGAGAGGAGCUUGGCGAUCCACCUGGUGUGGGUCAUGAUGAUUUUUGUAGGGCUGUUCUCGGCGUACUUUCACAUGACUCUUAGUUUUGUCGGUCAGAUGUUGGACGAGCUCUCGAUCUUGUGGGUGUUGGCGGUCGGUUAUGCCGUCUGGUUCCCUCGCAGACUCUUCCCUUCUUUUAUAAAAGACAGAUCCACAUUUUCAAAGCUUGUCCUGGUGAUCACCGUCAUCAGCUCGGUGUCGUCAUUCGUCAAACCUACGGCCAACGCCUACGCGUUAAACUGCUUCGGCCUCCAUCUGCUUUACACUCUGAUUAUUGAGAUGAAAUGCUGCACUGACCAGAAGGCUCUGCGACUCGCCAAGCUGUCGAUCGCUCUGUGGGUGCUCGCCAUCUCCUGCUGGCUCAGUGACCGCUUUGGCUGCAGCUUCUGGCAGAGGAUCAACUUCUGCUACCUGCAUGGGUUCUGGCACAUUCUGAUUGUGAUAGCUGUAGCCUACGGAAGCACGCUGAUAGCCUACCUGGAUGCCAGCUACGAGAUACCGUACUCGCUGCCUGGACUGCAGUACUGGCCCUGUGAUAAAUGGGCUGUUGGAUUACCUCACAUCGUCCUGAAAGGAAACCCCAAGACUGAGAAACGGUGCUGACAACAUUAAAUAUCAAAUUUAAAUCUGAAGGAACAUUUCUGUUAGUUUACUCAAUUGCUGAAAUCGUAAAAAAGAUCGAGACCCGCUUCUCGCCUUCUUACAAAAAGCACGUCACCACCAACGCUGUCAACCCCCCGCCUCUCGCAAACCUGACUGACACAUCUUUUAACACUCGGGUUAACGCCGGACGAUAAAUAAACCUCGUCCGAUCCUGAAAGUGUAUUAUUUUAAACCAGGGCAGGAUCACUGAAUGUGUACAGCGUGCAACCGAAAUCAUCGAGGUUAGAAAUCCCUCAAAUCCAGAGUCAGACGGGGGUAAGAGGAGGGGGUUUCCAAAGUUUCCUGAACAUCAAACAAGCACUUAAGACGAUCCUUGCGGUCCACUGAAAGGCAGUAUAACAACAAAAGAUGGCACAUGUGUUUUGCUUUUGCUACUUUACGCUUUUUAAAUUACUUUAAUUUAUUUAAAACAUGAAAAUGAAACAAGACUUGGUUAUUGUUGUAAUAUGCAACACCUCUGGAGGGCGCUGUAUACAGCACAGUGUAAAUACAUCAAUGCAACAAUUCAAAACCAAUAAAAUGUAAAACAGUGUCAGUUUAUAUAUUUAAUCAAGAUUAAAUAUGUUACUUACACUUAUGUAAACUAUGAGUUUAUAGUCAUUUUCAUUGUUAGCUAUGCAAUCCCCUGAAAUACAGUAAUUAGUGUAUCAUUUACAUGGUCACAGAUUACGUUUUAGCCUUUAAAUUCAUUUUUCUAACACAGAAAGAGCGCUACUUUGCUACUUUGGAAACUUUGCCCUUUAUUUAUCUUUUCAACACAUGAUUGUUUUAUUUAAACACUUGCUUGAACAGUAAAAACUAAUCAUAAUUUAAAAUUAGUGCUGGAAACAGAGCCCGGUGACUGCAGAGGAUUAAAGAUGGCUGAACUUUUGUGGAUGUGCACGUGAUAAAAGUGCAGUUUUACUGAAACAUGUUUCACCUUUUAAGACAACGAGCUUUAUAAAUCCGUGUGCAGUAAUCUUAAAUGUUGGACUCAUGUAAAUGUUUGUGUUUGUGUGUGUGUCCAAUGUUCUUACUUUGUUUAUCAGGAUACAGAUGCACUGUGACUGUAUGUUGUGUUAUGAUAAAAUUAUUGCUUUACCAAGAGUGCAAGAAAAAAAAUCUUGGCAUUAAGUGCUACGGAGAAAUGUGUUUACAUUAAAAAUACCUCAGUGUGUAACAUCCGUGCGCCCCGUCCUCAUGGCUCGUAACCUGCGCUCAGUUUUGUCCCAUUUUCAGUCACUAAAAUGUUUUAAUUGCAUAAACUUCAGUUAUGUCUCUGAACGGUUUCACUGGGAAAUGCUGCAGUUAGAAUCAGGACUGCUGAGAUAUGACUACAGUUCAUUUGUAUAAGACAAGCCAGGCUCAGAGCAACCUGUUACUCGCCUUUUUGCUGUUUUGUUUUGUUUUUUUCUUAGGUUGCGAAUAUUGAGAACGGGCCUCCGUUCACACACAAAAUACAACAAUAGAUCAUUUAGUAAACAAAUACAGGCAUGAUUUUCAUUUUAGUGUGCAACACUGACCUCUUGUGGAUGACGAGAUGACAGCUGCUGACGGCUUACAGCCGUGUAUCAAAGAGGCAUUAAUUUCCUUCACGACAAAAUAAAUUCUCCUGUAGCUUUUUGUCCUGACUGAAAACUCUUGGUUCACUUACAAAAAUGUUUGUGUACAAGUCGACGGUCACCAGGAUUUAAGAGAUGAGGCUAAUCACUAAUCAGUAUGGCCUUUUCCACUUCACCAUGAUAUGGGAUUUUCUUUUUUUCUUUCUUUUUUUUUAAAAAUAUUUGAAUCUUUUCUUUUUUUUUUCUUUUGGUUUAGCUUUGUUAAUAAAAUUUGUCAGAUUAAAGAAACGGGAGCGAUAAUUUAGCUUUAGUGAAACUAAUGUCCAAACAAAAUCCAAAGAAAGGUUAAGAUCAGCUGGGCUAGAUCAUUUAUUCAGACAGAUAUAUUUUAUGUUUUCUGGAAAUAUAUUUGUGCAGAUUUUAUAUAAAUUCAUCUGUAAUUUAAAUAAAGAUCUAUGUUACCUGAGUGAAA